UGAGCUCGAAGCCGUCGGAGUGGAGGGGUACACCAGUGCCGUACUGGAUUCCGAUCCGAUCCGGUGCGUCCACCUACUACUCCGAUCGAUCCGCGCCCACCCGUCGCGUUCGUGUCGCGGUGGUUGGUGGCGGAACGGCGCACGCUCACCGGCACCGGCCCUCCUCCCUAUUUCUUCCUCCCUCCCUCCGCCCCACCCGCGUCGAGUCCACGCCACCAACCGCGGCCGAGCCAGACCAACCCUCCCUUACGCGCCCCGCCACCAACCCACCACCCCGCCCCGGCAAUGGCGGCCAGGGCCGCGGCCACCGUCUCGCUCGACCUCGCCGCCCCCGCCCCGGGGUCUCUCUCGCGCCGCCACCGCCCGGGCUCCGCGCGCCCGCCCGCGCGCCACGCCGCCGCAGCAUCCGGGCUGCGGAUGCGCGGGCGCGGGGCGGUCGCGGCGGCGGCGGCGGCGGCGGCCGCCCCGGCGAAGGCCGGCGCGGAGGAGAUCGUGCUGCAGCCCAUCCGGGAGAUCUCCGGCACCGUGAAGCUGCCGGGGUCCAAGUCGCUCUCCAACCGGAUCCUCCUGCUCUCCGCGCUGUCCGAGGGGACGACAGUGGUUGAUAACCUGUUGGAUAGCGAGGAUGUCCACUACAUGCUCGGGGCCUUGAAGGCCCUCGGGCUCUCUGUUGAGGCGGACAAAGCUGCCAAAAGGGCUGUAGUUGCUGGCUGUGGAGGCAAGUUCCCAGUUGAGAAGGAUGCCAAAGAGGAAGUGCAGCUCUUCCUGGGGAACGCUGGAACUGCAAUGCGGCCAUUGACAGCAGCUGUGACUGCUGCUGGUGGAAAUGCAACUUAUGUCCUUGAUGGGGUACCGAGAAUGAGGGAGAGACCCAUUGGCGACUUGGUUGUCGGAUUGAAACAACUGGGUGCGGAUGUUGAUUGUUUCCUUGGCACUGACUGCCCACCUGUUCGUAUCAAGGGAAUUGGAGGGCUACCUGGCGGCAAGGUUAAGCUGUCAGGCUCCAUCAGCAGUCAAUACUUGAGUGCCUUGUUGAUGGCUGCUCCUUUAGCUCUUGGGGACGUGGAGAUUGAAAUCAUUGAUAAGCUAAUCUCCAUUCCCUAUGUUGAAAUGACAUUGAGAUUGAUGGAGCGUUUUGGCGUGAAAGCAGAGCAUUCUGAUAGCUGGGACAGGUUCUACAUCAAGGGAGGUCAAAAGUACAAGUCCCCUAAAAAUGCAUAUGUGGAAGGUGAUGCCUCAAGUGCAAGCUAUUUCUUGGCUGGUGCUGCAAUUACUGGAGGGACUGUGACUGUUGAAGGGUGUGGCACCACCAGUCUGCAGGGUGAUGUUAAAUUUGCUGAGGUACUGGAGAUGAUGGGAGCGAAGGUUACAUGGACCGAGACAAGUGUAACUGUUACUGGUCCACCGCGGGAGCCUUUUGGGAGGAAACACCUUAAAGCCAUUGAUGUCAACAUGAACAAAAUGCCUGAUGUUGCCAUGACUCUUGCUGUGGUUGCUCUAUUUGCUGAUGGCCCAACUGCUAUUAGAGAUGUGGCUUCCUGGAGAGUGAAGGAGACCGAGAGGAUGGUUGCGAUCCGGACUGAGCUAACUAAGCUCGGUGCAUCAGUUGAGGAAGGUCCGGACUACUGCAUCAUAACGCCACCGGAGAAGCUGAACAUAACGGCAAUCGACACCUACGACGACCACAGGAUGGCCAUGGCCUUCUCCCUCGCGGCCUGCGCCGAGGUGCCUGUCACGAUCAGGGACCCCGGGUGCACCCGCAAGACCUUCCCUAACUACUUCGAUGUUCUGAGCACAUUUGUCAAGAACUGAGUGCGAUUCUACGGUAGCCGGAUUGAAGUGAUGUUGCUAGGGAUUUGCUGAGAAAAUACAUUUUUCUUUUCCUGUUCGUUUUCUCUUUCACGAGAUAAGUUUUGAGUCUGUAAUAUUAGCUUGUAGCAUUUUUCUAUGGAAAAAGUCUCGAGAUGUAUUGUACACUAAGGUUCGUUUCCAGAGUGGAUCAUUAGAAUAAGAAUAAAUUACGUUUCCGUGGUUAACUGUC